UGCUAUGGAGAAAUAUCGGAGCCAUGAAGAUAUUGAAGAUGAACAGUAAUACGAAGCUUUUUUUGUUUUCAUGCUUUCUGGUUUUCCAACCCCUUUGUUCGGUCUCUUAUGCCGGCACCGAUCCCAUCUACGACGAGUUUGUGGGGUGUCUAUCCACCACCGGCGAUAACGCAAUUUCUAAAGACACGGUUUCCAAAAUUGUGUAUAACCAAGUGAAUCCCAAGUUCACUUCCGUUUUAGACGCCUAUAUUCGAAACCGGUUGUUCAACACCUCCGAAACUCGCAAGCCCACAAUCAUCGUCACCCCCACGGAGGAAUGUCAGGUUCCCGCGGUGGUUUUGUGCGCCGAGAAAGCGAAAAUUCAGAUCAAAAUACGGAGCGGCGGGCAUGAUUAUGAGGGGCUCUCGUACGUCUCGUCUGUGUCGUUUAUUGUUUUGGACAUGUUUAAUCUUAAAUCAAUAGAGAUUGACGUUGCCGGAGAGACGGCGUGGGUGCAGGCGGGGGCCACAUUAGGCGAGCUAUAUUACCGGAUUUCCGAGAAGAGCCCGGUUCAUGGAUUCCCGGCGGGGGUUUGCCCCACCAUCGGCGUCGGCGGACACAUCACCGGCGGGGGGUACGGCAACAUGAUCCGCAAGUACGGGUUGAGCUCCGACCAUGUUUUGGACGCGCGGAUUGUGGACGUGAAAGGCAGAAUUCUGGACGGGAAAGCCAUGGGGGAUGACCUCUUCUGGGCGAUCAAAGGCGGCGGCGCCGGCAGCUUUGGCGUCAUCUUGGCUUACAAAAUCAAACUCGUUCCGGUGCCCCGAAAAGUGACAUAUUUCUCGCUACAAUUUACAGGGGAAGAAGCCAUGGACGUGUUCUCGAAAUACCAGGAGGUGGCUUCCAUUAUUGACAAUAAUCUCUUCAUAAGAGCCACUCUGAAAGCCGGCAAAAAUAGCAGCGCCACUGAAAUGAACGCCAUCGCUCAAUUCCUCGGCGAUUCCAAGACACUUAUUUCCAUUACCGACGAGCAUUUCCCGGUUUUGGGACUCAAACAGGAAAACUGCAUCGAAAUAACAUGGAUCCAAUCAAUUCUUCAAUGGUAUGGCUUCCCCUAUACCACCACCAACCCAGAUUUUCUCCUCAACAGAAACCCCAAUAGCGCGGUUUUCUUCAAGAGAAAAUCCGAUUACUUACACAAACCAAUCCCCAAACAGGGAUUAGAAUCUCUGUUCAAGAAAAUCGCAGAACUGGGAAGCUCCGAGUUUACGCUCAAUCCCUACGGCGGAAAAAUGGGCGAAAUUCCCGCCGGCGAAACUCCGUUCCCUCACCGCGCCGGGACUCUGUUCAAGAUCCAGUACGCUGAGACGUGGAUGAAGGAAGAGGCGGGCGAUAAGUAUGGUAAGCAAUUGAGGGAACUCCAUAGCUUAAUGACACCCUACGUGUCUAGCGAACCCAGAGAGGCGUUCCUUAAUUACAGAGAUAUUGAACUUGGAACCAACGACAACGGUCCACGCCGGUACGAGGAAGCAAAGGUGUAUGGUCACAUGUAUUUCAAGAACAAUUUCGAUAGGUUGGUGAAGGUGAAGACCGCCGUGGAUCCCGACAACUUCUUCUGGAACGAACAAAGCAUUCCGCCUCUAUCCGCCGUCCAAUAGUCAGUACAAUAAAUCAAUACGUUUGUGAUCUAGUAUGAGAGAUUCAUCCAAUCGUUGGAUGAUGGGAUAUACGUAGUACUGUAGUAGUAAGUUGAUGUUAACUGUUUUUAGUACUUUUUUUUUUUAAUAAUUAAGAUAGAGAAAUACUGUACAAUAAUAUUUGAUAUUUUUUAAAGAAGAAUUUAAUGUUGAAGAGGA